ACUUGUGGAUCUCCGCAAUAACGGAACAAAAGCAAAGCAAAUCUAGGGAGUGAAAGAAGCUAAUAUCAGCCCACAAAAAAAAAGAGGAGAGAGAGGAAAAGAGGAGAGAGAGUGCAGGAGAUCGCAGAAAUGGCGAUUCUGAAAGGAAAUACGAUCCAAAUGAUGAAAAGCAGCAUCUUAAUUCUUUCUGUCAUUUUUCUCUCAGGUUUUGUUUUUGAAUCAUUCGUGAAAGCUGAGGAAGCACCGAAGCUUGGAACGGUGAUAGGAAUUGAUCUUGGAACAACGUAUUCAUGUGUCGGAGUUUACAAGAAUGGACAUGUGGAGAUUAUAGCGAAUGAUCAGGGUAAUAGGAUCACUCCAUCAUGGGUGGCUUUUACCGAUACAGAGAGAUUGGUGGGAGAGGCAGCUAAGAAUCAGGCUGCUCUCAAUCCUGAGAGGACGAUCUUUGAUGUUAAGCGUUUGAUCGGACGACGAUUUUCUGACAAGGAGGUUCAGAGAGAUAUGAAGUUUUUACCUUAUAAAGUGGUAAAUAAGGAUGGGAAACCAUACAUUGAGGUGAAGAUCAGGGAAAACGAAGUUAAGGUCUUCAGCCCAGAGGAGAUAAGCGCGAUGAUUUUGGGAAAAAUGAAGGAGACAGCUGAGUCAUACCUUGGCAAGACGAUCAAGGAUGCGGUGGUCACUGUUCCAGCUUACUUCAAUGAUGCUCAGAGGCAGGCCACGAAAGAUGCUGGUGUCAUUGCAGGGCUAAAUGUUGCUCGUAUCAUUAAUGAGCCAACUGCUGCUGCCAUUGCUUAUGGUUUGGACAAGAAGGGAGGGGAGAAAAACAUCUUGGUCUAUGAUCUUGGUGGUGGUACUUUUGAUGUCAGCAUCUUGACCAUUGACAAUGGAGUCUUUGAGGUCUUGGCUACCAGUGGUGACACCCAUCUUGGAGGUGAGGACUUUGACCAAAGGGUCAUGGACUACUUCAUCAAGUUGAUUAAGAAGAAGUACAACAAGGACAUAAGCAAGGAUAACAAAGCUAUUGGCAAGCUUAGAAGGGAGGCAGAAAGGGCAAAGAGAGCCCUUAGUAGCCAGCACCAAGUUCGUGUGGAAAUUGAGUCCCUCUUUGAUGGAAUUGACUUCUCUGAACCCCUAACGAGGGCCAGGUUUGAGGAAUUGAACAUGGAUCUCUUCAAGAAAACCAUGGGACCAGUGAAGAAAGCUCUUGAGGAUGCCAGUUUGCAAAAGACUGAUAUACAGGAGAUUGUUUUGGUCGGAGGAAGCACUCGUAUCCCAAAGGUGCAGCAACUUUUGAAGGACAUCUUUGAUGGUAAAGAACCCAACAAGGGAGUGAACCCUGAUGAAGCUGUUGCUUAUGGUGCGGCUGUUCAGGGUGGAAUCCUCAGUGGUGAAGGAGGUGAAGAAACCAAAGAUAUCCUUCUCCUUGAUGUGGCUCCAUUGAGUUUGGGUAUUGAGACAGUUGGUGGUGUCAUGACAAAAUUGAUCCCAAGGAACACAGUGAUCCCAACCAAAAAGUCUCAGGUUUUCACAACCUACCAAGACCAGCAAACAACAGUCUCUAUCAAGGUCUAUGAAGGUGAGAGGAGCUUGACAAAGGACUGUCGUGAGCUUGGGAAAUUUGACCUCUCCGGAAUUCCACCUGCUCCAAGAGGAGUACCUCAAAUUGAAGUCACCUUCGAGGUUGAUGCCAAUGGUAUCUUGAAUGUUAGAGCAGAAGACAAAGGUACGAAGAAGGCUGAGAAGAUCACCAUCACCAACGACAAGGGAAGGCUCAGUCAAGAGGAGAUUGAGAGAAUGGUUAGGGAAGCAGAGGAAUUUGCAGAAGAGGAUAAGAAAGUGAAAGAGAGGAUUGACGCUCGAAACAGUUUGGAGACCUAUGUUUACUCUAUGAAGAGCACCAUCAAUGACAAGGACAAGCUCGCUGAUAAAAUUGAAUCGGACGACAAAGAAAAGGUUGAAACCGCAUUGAAGGAGGCCUUGGAAUGGUUGGAUGAUAACCAGACAGCUGAGAAGGAAGACUUCGAGGAGAAGUUGAAGGAGGUUGAGGCGGUGUGCAACCCUAUCAUAAAGCAAGUUUAUGAGAAGUCUGGUGGCCCUGGUUCUUCAGGGUCAGAGGAUGAGGAGGAUACCAAUGAUGAGUUGUAGGUUGGGAAAGAGGCCCAAGAGAAGAUGAGGAGCUUCUUUCUUUUUUGCCUGUGGAUUUUAUAACUCGUUUGAUAGAUAACUCUACUCCCUUGUGUGGGAGCAUGAGAGACAUUAUAACAUGACCUUGGAGAAUGUUUCUUUUGUCUGAGGCAAUUAUCAUGUAAAAGAGGAACUGUAGCUUUUCGCCAAUUCAUUGAAAAGAUGAACUAUUCAGUUCUCUUUUCUCUGUUCAUUUGAUCUUCUGAUUUUCUAGGUUUGUAUAAAAUGGUUUGAAUCUUGUUCAAGUAAAUUAGUGUUUUUGCCUAA